AUGAAUGCAAGUGAGUUCCGCAAAACAGGGAAAGAGAUGGUGGACUAUGUGGCUGACUACUUGGAAGGCAUAGAGGAACGCCAAGUCUACCCAGAUGUGGAGCCUGGCUACUUGCGCCCCCUGAUCCCCACUACCGCACCCCAGGAGCCAGAUACCUUUGAGGACAUCAUGAUCGAUGUUGAAAAGAUCAUCAUGCCAGGGGUAACCCACUGGCACAGCCCCCACUUCUUUGCCUACUUCCCUACAGCCAGCUCGUAUCCAGCCAUGCUUGCAGACAUGCUAUGUGGGGCCAUUGGCUGCAUUGGCUUCUCCUGGGCUGCAAGCCCUGCGUGCACGGAGCUGGAGACCGUGAUGAUGGACUGGCUUGGGAAGAUGCUUGAGCUGCCAGAGGUGUUCUUAGCUGGGCGCAACAGUGAAGGGGGUGGUGUCAUCCAGGGAAGUGCCAGUGAAGCUACCCUGGUGGCCCUCCUAGCUGCUCGGACUAAAGUGAUACGACAGUUACAGACAGCGCACCCAGACCUGACACAGGCUGCUAUCAUGGAAAAGCUAGUGGCCUACUCAUCUGAUCAGGCACACUCCUCAGUGGAAAGAGCAGGACUGAUCGGUGGAGUGAAGUUAAAAGCAAUCCCCUCAGACAGCGAGUUUGCCAUGAGGGCUUCCGCCCUGCAGGAGGCCUUGGAGAGAGACAAGGCUGCUGGCCUGAUUCCCUUCUUUGUGGUUGCUACACUAGGAACCACAUCUUGCUGCUCAUUUGACAAUCUAUUAGAAGUGGGUCCUAUUUGUAACUGGGAGAACAUGUGGUUGCACAUUGAUGCUGCCUACGCAGGCAGUGCUUUCAUCUGCCCUGAAUUUCGGCAUCUUCUGAAUGGGGUAGAGUUUGCAGAUUCAUUUAACUUUAAUCCCCACAAAUGGCUUUUGGUGAAUUUUGACUGCUCUGCCAUGUGGGUGAAAAAGAGAUCCACCUUAACAGGAGCCUUUAAGAUGGACCCCCUUUACUUGAAGCACAGCCAUCAGGAUUCAGGGCUUAUCACUGACUACAGGCAUUGGCAACUACCAUUGGGCCGAAGAUUUCGCUCCUUGAAAAUGUGGUUUGUUUUUAGGAUGUAUGGAGUCAAAGGCCUGCAGGCCUACAUUCGCAAGCAUGUCCAGCUUUCUCACGAGUUUGAGGCUUUGGUCCGCCAGGAUCCCUGCUUUGAGAUCUGUGCCGAAGUCACUCUAGGGCUGGUCUGUUUUCGGCUAAAGGGGUCCAACAAACUGAAUGAAGCUCUUCUUGAGAAAAUCAACAAUGCCAGAAAAAUCCACUUGGUCCCAUGUCACCUCAGAGACAAGUUUGUGCUGCGUUUUGCAAUCUGCUCUCGCACCGUGGAGUCUGCCCACAUCCAGCAUGCCUGGAAGCACAUCAGAGAGCUGGCAACCCAGCUGCUACAGGCCAGAAAAGAGUAA